AUGAAGUUCAUAUCUGGAUGGAAUUCGAAAGGUGAAGAACUAGUGACCGUUUUAGCCCUACCUGUCGAUUUGUACAAUAAAGGAUAUACAGAAAAAUGCACGUCCACUUACAAGUACCCCAAGAUGAAGAGUACUUUACCGGCAAAAGAGGAAAUGAAUGAGAGAUUGAGAGAGUCUGAAUUGACAGCGAUUCAAAAAUAUUCUGCCUCCAUUCAAUCUCCCAAAGAAAUGGAAUUCUGCCUGUCAACGCCCGGCCAUUAUCAAACGGAACACGAGAAUACUCAUACGGGCGUGAAACCUUUUCAAUGUAAGGUCUGCCUGAUGAGUUUCAGCAGGCGUUCGACCCUGUGGAACCAUCGUCGCAAGCACUCUGACAAAAAGCCGUUUUCUUGCUCAACAUGCGGGAGGGCUUUCAGAUGGAAAAACAGCCUAAAGGCUCACAUUGAGCGCCAUCGACUAGACGGAGAAAAGACCUUUUCAUCUGAUCUCGAAACGGCGCCAGACACAAGUUUAUGCAAAACUGCUACAAAUUAUGAACGCGGUCGUAAUUUUGCAGCAGCUUCCAGUCUAGCCUCAGCUCCCUCAAACCUCUUAAGACGGAAUUCACACAUAAUGGCUAACUUUAAAAUAGUCGGCGAGCUCGCACUUGCCAACAAAGAGCUUGGAAGAUCGGUUUGCUCUGCACGUCUCUACUGCAACAGCGGUGUGAGAAACCAACGCUUGUUAGCCAUAGCGCUUCGUCGACGACAGCACGGAAGGAUGACGCGACUGAUGCUUCUCGUCCGCAUUGCUGGUACGGAGAAAGCUUUUACAUUACUUGGCGAAAAUAUCUCGUAUCCGCUUAAAAACGAAAACUGA